AUGGCUCAAGGCCCCGACGAGGAGAAGCCUAGCGACGCCGAAGUGGACGACCACCUCAAGCUCGUUGAGGCAGGCCAAACUAAAGAUGAGGCAUCGGCUGUUCCUCUGGCUGAACAGGUGAAAACCACACCCUUAUUCUCCUCUAAGGUUAAGGGUAGUCUGUUAACCCUGGGCCUCACUCAACCCUCCCGAAUGGCGGCGCACAAUGCACCAGGGAACGACGAAGAAAGCAUCGACGUUGGCCGUGCAAGCCAAAAUUUAAUCUACACCAACAUCAACGCCCCGUGGUCCACGUUCAUCUGUGGUAGCCAGGGUAGCGGCAAAAGCCACACGCUUGCCUGUAUGCUUGAGAAUUCGCUAUUGGCCCCAUCAAGGACAGGCAAGGUCUCAUCGCAGCUGACCGGCCUGGUGUUUCAUUACGAUAAAUUCACUGGAGUGGAAACCGGCCAGCUUUGCGAGGCGGCCUAUUUGUGCUCUGUUGGUAUCCCGGUUCGCGUGCUCGUAUCACCAAGCAACUAUCGGCGUAUGAGCCAACUGUAUUCAAACCUUCCCGGUUUGCCAGAGGACUGCCCCAAGCCAAAGGUGGUGCCGAUGCUGUUCAAAGAGACCCACCUCAGCAUUGGUAUGAUGAAGUCGUUGAUGGCAAUCGGCGAUGGAGAGGGAACUCCGCUGUAUAUGGAGAUGGUGACCAAAGUGCUGCGAGACAUGGCAAAAGAGUCAGAAGGCCGGCGAGGAAUUGACUUUCUAGAUUUCGAGAGCAGGAUCAACGAGAAAACGACGGUGAAAGGCCAGUCUGCCCCAUUACAAAUGCGGCUCGAGCUCCUCCGCUCAUUCCUGGAGGUCCGCGCAAAAGUAACGUUUCAGCAUGGUAAACCCAUUUCCAAACCUAUGGAUAAGGGUGACGUGUGGAACUUUGAGAAGGGCAGCCUCACAAUCAUCGACUUGAGCUGUCCGUUCGUGGACGAGAACGAUGCAUGUGCACUAUUCAAUAUCUGCAUGGGUAUUUUCCUCGAGGGCCGCAGCCAGGGAGGCCGGAUAAUCGCACUAGAAGAAGCCCACAAGUAUCUGACAACCAAGAGCCGCGAAGCAGUAAGUCUCACAGAGACCAUGCUGUCCCUGAUCCGUCAGCAACGUCACUUGGCGACGAGGGUUAUAAUCGCAACUCAAGAGCCGACCCUGUCACCGAACCUAUUGGACCUGUGCAACCUCACGGUUGUGCAUAGAUUCAGUUCCCCGGCAUGGUUCAAGGCGUUAGAGGGGCAUCUUGCAGGCGCCGUGAUGGAUGUAACCGCAUCUCACCGUUCCAAGUACAGCACAGAGAGCCUCUUCUCGAGGAUCGUCGGCCUGAAGACGGGGGAAGCCUUGGUGUUCUGUCCGAGUGCAAUUCUGGAUGUCAACAACAAUGUGGAUAGUCAGCCAGAAGAUGGCCCGCAGACCUGGGGUGCGGUUAGGUCUCCAAUCGUAGAACUCGGGGCUUCAUAUUUCAAGAUGAAAGUUCCCAGCCGUGUUACGGCAGAUGGUGGCCGUAGUAUCCUUGCCCUGUGA